AUGGCAGGCGUCGAGACUCGACUGGAUCGGCUCUCGGAUCAGAUGGAGCUCUGCAUCACCGAAAUCAUGAAUCUAAGAAUUGCGGGGCAAAUGCUUCCUUCACUUUCUGGAACAAGACGGGUGUACCGAGCACCCUCGAAGCCCAAGGGCGAUGGCUAUUUGCCGGUGAUCCCCUCCAAUGCUCCCCUGCUCUCAGAGAACGGGGGUCCUGAAGGCUCUUUCUCUCCUCCGGCUCUCCCGGAAGCUCUUCCGCCUUCCGAUUCCUUGAGAGACUCUCGCCGGAGCAAUAACACCAUGAUCAGAAUGGCCACAAGUGGCAGCCUGGACGGACCCCAUUCAUAUCGCAGCUUCCGUGACAUGCGGGAUGUUUCAGCCAAUUCAGCCAGUGAGCCUGAUUUGGGCUCGGAGGAGGAGGAUAGGGCCGUGGAAACCCGAAGACGGGUUCAGCAGGCCCGAAGUGUAGAUCUGAAGGUUGCCUGGCGGAUGCAUGGGAAGCAGAUGCGCCAGCAUUUUCCAGACGAUGACACGCAGCCCUUGAUGCGCCUCGUCUAUCGCAGCCGCGCCGAUUAUGUAUGGGAGUUGCUUGAUGAUGCGAACUCGAGCGCGACGGCAUGGUGGAUAUCCACAUUUCUGAAGCUGUUGGUUGUAUCCUCUCUUUUCGUCACAAACUUGCAGACGAGCGAGGGAAUUUGCAUGAAUCCAGUCCUUGCAGCUGCCAUAGAAACAAGCUUCGACAUCAUCUUCCUCAUGGAGUUCGCAUGCAGGCUUCUGUCGGCACCAUCGAAGAAAACUUACCUGGCAGAUCUCCUGAACUGGCCUGACAUGCUGUCUGCGACAGGGUUGCCACUGCGUGCGAGCAUUGGCUUGGUGCUCAGCAGUUCCCACCCGUGGCAGCCGGCUUCUAGCAUAUGCACCGCCGCUUUAUCCACUUCAUUGUCCAGUGAAGAAGCAAUCAUUCAAGGCCUUCUUCUAUUUGGCCUCCCUCUUGUGCGCUUCCUGAAGCUGCUGAGAUACUUCGAGUCCUUCCGGCUUCUGAUCGAUGCAUGUAGAAACUCAGCCGAGUCAUUGCCAGUUCUUACAUACAUGAUGACUGUCAUAACACUCUUCUCGGCCACAGCGAUAUAUUUGGUAGAGCCGAGAGACAACAUCCCGACCAUGCAGCACUCCUUGUGGCUGGCCAUCGUAACAAUGACCACAGUGGGCUAUGGUGACUUCUAUCCAGUUUCUCUUGGGGGCUAUGUGUCUGUUUCGGUGCUCACUUUCGUGAGUGUCCUUUUCUUGGCCUUGCCAGUUGGCAUUAUAGGGUACGAGUUUACCACUUCCUGGCAAAAUCGCGACAAAGUUCUUCUCCUCACACGUAUCCGCAAAGGUCUGCGCAAGUGGGGCUACAGCGCGAAAGACCUGAAGAUCUUGUUUAAGUACGUUGAUGCCGAUGAAGAUGGCAGCUUGAACAUAGCUGAGUUUAUGGAGCUUGUGCGGCAGAUGAGGGUGGGAAUCACUGCAGACAGUGCUCUUCACAUCUUUGAGCUUUUUGACGACGACUCCAGCGGAACCAUUAACUAUGCCGAAUUCUUGCGCCAUGUGUAUCCGGAGGAUUAUGUAAGGGAUCAGCAAAAGAGUCGCGGAAGCCUCGAUGCGAGCAGGGGAAAGGCUCAGGAGGCCUUAGAGCACCUGGAAAUGCUUCGCAUCAAGUCCUCUGAGGACGCUUCCGUUGACUCGCUUCAAGAGCUUCAAGAGGGCUGA